AAAUUUUGGGAAAUUCUGUACAGCUCAAAUAUUUGUGCGCGGUUUCUGUCAAAUUUCUAGCCUUUUGCAGAGGACAUGUCCCAAUCCACAGUGUCUGCACUGAUAAUGUCGCCUGCGUAAAGCGCUUACGAGUAAAGAGGCGUUCACGCGUGGGAAGUGCACUAGAGAGUGGAUUCGGACAGACCCAGGGCCCAGACCCGUCCUGGCGGUUUGCGACAGGCCCGGUGCAGACUGGGUAACGAGUUAGGGCUCUUCUCUCGAAACCAAGCGCUUUAGCGAAGUGCUGUAUUUUGUUGUUUAGCACGAGGACACGCGGCAGCGCCAUGGAGGUGUGCGAGCCUCUGAGUGACGCCGAGCGGCACCGGCCUUUCCUUAUCGGGGUCAGCGGGGGAACCGCCAGCGGGAAGUCCACAGUGUGCGCUAAGAUCAUGGAGUUGCUGGGCCAGAACAAGGUGGACCAUCACCAGAGGAAAGUGACCAUCGUAAGCCAGGACAGUUUCUACCGAGUGCUCACUCCAGAACAGAAGGCGAAAGCGCUCAAAGGCCAAUACAACUUCGACCAUCCAGAUGCGUUCGAUACAGAGUUGAUGUGCCAGACGCUGAAGGACAUUGUUGAAGGAAAGGUUGUGGAAAUUCCAACAUAUGACUUUAUCACACAUUCCAGGUUAGAGGAGAAGAUCUGUGUGUAUCCAGCCGAUGUCGUUCUGUUCGAGGGAAUUCUGGUGUUUUACACACAGGAAGUCAGAGACAUGUUCCACAUGAAACUGUUUGUGGAUACAGACUCAGAUGUACGCCUGUCACGCAGAGUUCUUAGAGACAUGAGGAGAGGUCGUGACUUGGAACAGAUCCUUUCACAAUAUACCACUUUCGUUAAACCAGCCUUUGAGGAGUUCUGUUUACCAACAAAGAAAUACGCAGAUGUGAUAAUACCUCGUGGAGUAGACAACAUGGUGGCAAUUAAUUUGAUCGUGCAGCACAUUCAAGACAUCCUAAAUGGUGAUAUCUGCAAGUGGCAGAGAGGAACUGCUAACGGACACCCUCUCGAGCGGACCUUAAAGAGGGGCAUGGACGAGGCGAGGGAGAACAUGGACGGAGGGGGAUCCAACAUUGCAAAACGCCCCCUGCUGGAACCCAGCACACGGCCACAUUAACACCGAAACAGGCACGUGUGAAAAUGUUUAAAACUUGAAAGGUGGUGCAUGCUUCCUAUCACAUGUAAUAACACACAAACACACACACACACACACACAAACACUUUAGCGAGUGUUAGUGUUAGGAGUUAGUAACUGAAGUAAGCAACUUCAUUAGGAUGUGAGGUUUUUUUUUUUUAAUGCUGCUCAAAAAUGUUGGUUCUGUGAAAAACUGUAUUCAUAUCAGUAUUCAUACUGAUCAAAUAUCAACAGUUCCCAAACUGUAGGCUCAUGCUACAGAAAAUAUUAGUCAUUAUAAUUUUUUUUUUUAUAUUGUUACAAAUGGGUUAAUAGGCCAAGCAGCUAAAUCCCACCCCACCCCCUGUAAUUUGCACCCAGUACAGCGGUGCCCUUAAGUUUUGAGAAUGACACAAAUAUUAAUUUUCACAAGGUCUGCAGCUUCAGUGAUUUUAGAUCUUUUUGUCAGAUGUUACUAUGGUAUACUAAAGUAUAAUUACAAGUAUUUCAUAAGUGUCAAAGGAUUUUAUUAACAAUUAAAUUAAGUUUAUGCAAAGAGUUAAUAAUAAUAAGUUAAUAUUUGCAGUGUUCAACCUUCCUUUUUAAGACCAUUUUAAUCAGCUUGGCAUCCUGUCAAUCAACUUCUGGGCCACAUCCUGUAUGAUAGCAGCCCAUUCUUGUGUAAUCAAUGCUUGGAGUUUUUCAGAAUUUGUGGGUUUGUCCAUCUGCCUCUUGAGACAAGAGAACAACAAGUUCUCAAUGAGAUGAAGGUCUGGGGAGUUCCCUGGCCCUGGACCCAAAAUUUUGAUGAUUUGUACCCCGAGCCACUUAAUUAUCACUUUUGCCUUUUAUGGCCAAAGCUAUUCUUGGAUGGUUGGGAGAAGUUGCUCUCCGAGGUUAUUUUUGUACCAUUGUUUAUUCAUGGCUGUGUUCUUAGGCAAAAUUGUCAGUGAGCGCACUCUGUUUGAUGAGAAGCAGCCCCACGCAUGAAUGGUCUCAGGAUGCUUUACUGUUGACUUGACACAGGACUGAUGGUUUUGCUCACCUUAAAUCAUUUCAACAAGGGAAGACAAGGAUUUCUCCAGUAAAAAAAAAAAAACCCAUUAGGGAGCGAAUGGUAUUCUGCAACAGGUACAGGGAUUGGACUGCUGAGGACUGGGGUUAAUUAAUUUUUCCUGACAAGUCACCUUUUUGGUGAUUUUUGGGGCAUCUGGAAAAAUGCUUGCCUGGAGAACAAAAAGUGAGCGCUACCAUCAGUCUUGUGUCAUGCCAACAGUGAAGCAUCCUGACACCAUUCAAUUGUGGGGUUGCUGUGAAAAUAAAUAUUUGUGUCAUUUUCGAGUUUUCAGUUUUGGUCACGGCUGUAUGUGUAUAUACAUGUUUACAGUUCUAAUUCAAAAUUAGUGUGAUUAUAUAUAUAUUUUCCCCUUUCUUUUUUACAUUAUUACAGCAUAUACAAGCUGUAAUUUCAAAUAUAUACAUGGUAGAAAGUAUUUGGCCCACAUUAUCGGAAACAGGAGAGAGCCCACCAAAGCACAUCUAAUCUUAAUGACAAGAAUUUAAAACUACUUUCAUCCCUGGAUAUACUGUAUAUUGAAUCAAUUUCCGGAUACUGUGGGAUGAGAUGAAUGGGAAUAGAAAAUGUUGGGUAGAAAACUUUCAAAACAGGGGUGUCCAACAUUUUUUCAGAGAGGGCCAAAUUAGACCUCAUGACAAUUCCCCAGGGUCAGUUUUAUACACUUCCAGUUCAAAAAAUAGGUUAAAAAUUCAACUAUGCACAUAAUUAAGAAAUUUAACUUCUCUGGAUUGGAACUAAACAGCUGAGUAGUCUUAAGAAAACCACUUAUCAGGGGAGGCGAAUUAGGGGGGAAAAGGCUUCAGUUUGCUGGGAGCAUAAAUAAUGGACUGUGGAGCAGUGGAAUCAGAUUUACCCUGUUCCAGAGUGAUGGCACAUCAGGGUUUUUUCCAUCAGUGAAUUUUUUUCUUCCCUGAUUGCACGGAAAUAUUCCAAGAAAAUGAUGCCAGGCUUCUUUAGGCAUAAAUUGUAAAUGAGUUCAGACCUUAACCCCAUUGAGAAUCUUUGGGGAGUGGGGAAGUCUUUACACAGUGGUCUGAAUCUCCCAUCAUCAAUACAAAAUCUUGGAGAGAAAUAAAUGUGACACUGGACUAAAAUGAAUGUUGAGACAUUGCAUGAUCAAAAUUGUGCCACAGGUGUAAUCAAAGCAAAAGGUGUUUCAAUUAAAUAUUAGCAUGUGCACCUUUUGUAAUGGUAUGACGGUGGCAGUGUAUGUACACUCAACUAAAGGAUUAUUAGGAACACCAUACUAAUACGGUGUUUGACCCCCUUUCGCCUUCAGAACUGCCUUAAUUCUAUGUAGCAUUGAUUCAACAAGGUGCUGGUAUCAUUCUUUAGAAAUGUUGGCCCAUAUUAAUAGGAUAGCAUCUUGCAGUUAAUGGAGAUUUGUGGGAUGCACAUCCAGGGCAUAAAGCUCCCGUUCCACCACAUCCCAAAGAUGAUCUAUUGGGUUGAGAUCUGGUGACUGUGGGGGCCAUUUUAGUACAGUGAACUCAUUGUCAUGUUCAAGAAACCAAUUUAAAAUAAUUCGAGCUUUGUGACAUGGUGCAUUAUCCUGCUAGAAGUAGCCAUCAGAGGAUGGGUACAUGGUGGUCAUAAAGGGAUGGACAUGGUUAGAAACAAUGCUUAGGUAGCCCAUGGCAUUUAAACGAUGCCCAAUUGGCACUAAGGGGCCUAAAGUGUGCCAAGAAAACAUCCCCCACACCAUUACACCACCACCACCAGCCUGCACAAUGGUAACAAGGCAUGAUGGAUCCAUGCUCUCAUUCUGUUUAAGUCAAAUUCUGACUCUACCAUAUGAAUGUCUCAACAGAAAUCGAGACUCAUCAGACCAGGCAACAUUUUCCAGUCUUCAACUGUCCAAUUUUGGUGAGCUCGUGCAAAUUGUAGCCUCUUUUUCCUAUUUGUAGUGGAGACAUGUGGUACCCGGUGGGGUCUUCUGCUGUUGUAGCCCAUCCGCCUCAAGGUUGUGCGUUUUGUGGCUUCACAAAUGCUUUGCUGCAUACCUCGGUUGUAACGAGUGGUUAUUUCAGUUGUUCUUCUAUCAGCUUGAAUCAGUCGGCCCAUUCUCCUUUGACCUCUAGCAUCAACAAGGCAUUUUCGCCCACAGGACUGCCGCAUACUGGACGUUUUUACCUUUUCACACCAUUCUUUGUAAACCCUAGAAAUGUUUGUGCGUGAAAAUCCCAGUAACUGAGCAGAUUGUGAAAUACUCAGACCGGCACAGUCAGGCACCAACAACCAUGCUACGCUCAAAAUGGUUUAAAUCACCUUUCUUUUCCAUUCUGACAUUCAGUUUGGAGUUCAGGAGAUUGUCUUGACCAGGACCACACCUUUAAAUGCAUUGAAGCAACCGUCAUCUGAUUGGUUGAUUAAAUAAUUGCAUUAAUGAAAAAUUGAACAGGUGUUCCUAAUAAUCCUUUAGGUGAGUGUACAUUUUGUACAUACUUUUGGGAUGCGGUGGUGCGAAAGUGAUCUUUUGAUCUUUUCUCUGGUUAGUAAUACGCGAUAUAGGACUCUCUUAAGAUGCUGGGUGGCAUCAGCAAAUCACAGCUGUUAUACAGUUAUGAGAUCACGUGGUAAACAACCGAUAAUCUUGUGUACUUUGUUGCCAUUGUUUUCCUCCAAAGAGGCCACUGCCAUUAGGGAAUAACCUUGCCAUUAGGAGGGCGUAUAAUCGAACUGCUUAUUAUACACAGCAAACUGCGAUGCACUGUAUUCUGACACCAUUCUGUCAGAGUGAGCAUUUACUUUUUAUGAAUUUGUGCUACAGUGGCUCUCCUGUGGAUGUGGAAUCAGACUGUUUGAGCUAGUAGUCACUGCCCACAGGCAUCAACAAGUCUUGGGUGCCCAUAAACCAUGUCACCUGUGCACUCAUUGUUUCUCAUUGAAAGGACCGAGGAACACUUUUGAUAGUGUGUACUAAAUAUUGGAUUUGUAGCAGUAACAUGGCAGUCUUGGAGAUGCUGUGACCCAGCUGUCUAGCCCUGACAAUCUUGCCCUUACAAGUUACUUAGAUUCUAACGUUCACCCAUUUUUCUUUCUUUCAACACAACAACUUGCCUGUUAACCAUCUGCUCAGUAUAUCGCACUUCUUGGUAGGUACUAUUGUAACAAGAUAAUCAGUGAACAUUACUUUCAAAUUUAAUUUAAGGACAUGUACAGUCAAAGCAGGCGAAAGGUGCACAGCACUUUAAAUACGUAACCCCCUCUUAUUUAGGGACCAAAAGUAAUUGGACAAACUAACAAAAUGAUUCAUUAAAUUGGUUUUUUUGGUUAGGGACUUCAAGAAAUAAAAAAAAAAAAAAUGUUUUUUUUGUCCCUAUAGCCAUGACCAAAUAUUGUUCUACCUUCUAUUUUAUUUGAUAGUUUACUCAAGAAAAGAUCUUGUAUUUUAGUUAACCGUUAUCUGCUGCUUCCACCGUCAGGUGAAAGGUGACCUGCUGUAAUUUUUCAUAUCAUGCAUCCUGAUUCUCACACCCCUGAUUUAAAAGAAUCUUCUGCCUACAGUUUUGUCUGAGAGAGAUUGCAUCAGUGUGUAUUUAUCAGUUUAAUUGACCUCUUGUGCACUUUUAGAGUAUGAAAAAAAUGUUAUUUAGUAAAAUAUGUACAGCAAUAGUUUAUCUGACUGAAGCACCUGAAAGUCAUCAGCGUGAUCAUCGCAGGGUGACUGACUAGAUUUAGGAAAAUGUUUGUUAAUGUUACACUGGUUUUAAUGGUUUUUAGCCGUCUUUACACGAACUAUUACAAUAUACAGAAUUGAACUGUGUAAUUGUACUUCAUUUUAUUUUCUAUUAAUCAUAAUGUAGCAGGAAAUGUAAUGUGUGUAUUGUGCGCACUUGCAUUGUUUCUGUAAUGCAAGUGUAUAUAAAUGAAGACUUCGACAACAAAUGACAUUUUGAUUACAGUAAAUAGAGCUUUUGUUUUAAGAAAAUGUGAAUGCUUUAAAAAAAUAAAAUCAUAAUUUCUUUCA